AUGUCCUUGAAGGUUUAUAAGAGAGUUGCAGCCACAUGUUUUACCAAGGCAUCCUACAUUCUACAAGCCUGCCAACGCAGACAACACAUUCUUGGUGGAUGCAUUCUCUACAGCAACAGUAUUCUGUGUACCCAGUUGGAACCGUCCAUAACAGAGAGGCUGCUUCUUCUUAAACCAAAUCAAAGAAACCAUCCAGCAAGGCCUGUUAAAUCCGCUUGUGAUCUACCAUUUGGCGUCCGUAUCCUGAAUGCGUUCCUGACACUGACCGAGUAUCAAAACCUUUACGAUGCUUUGGCCGAGUCUGCUUACAGACAGCCCUCCUCCAGACAUUCAUCCGGGACAUUUCCUGAUUUGUUCGCGGCAUCGUCCUCGGGCGAUAGAGACUCGUCGGUUAGGCAGAUUGAUGAGAGUGAUGAUAAACGUUUGAGCGAUCCAUCGCCACAAGUCACAAGUGACCAUAGAGGUACUGACUCAAGCGAAGGUCUUGGGACAACUAGGCGAGAAGGUACCUUUACGGAAAUUCUCGCAAAGGUUGUCGCAUCCGCUACGCCAGUAGGCACAGGCGAGGAUGCUGAACAACACACUGAUGGCAAUUCUGGCAUCACGGGUGGGAAAGAAUCAAAAUCACAGUCGCAAUGUAAAACAGAAUCAAGUACCCCGCCUGGUGUAGAGCUUAGAUAUGUUGAACACACUCUGUCAGACGAACGAGAUGUCGACGGUGUUAUGACAAUUGAGGGAAGAGAAGGCGAAACUGAAAAAGGAAAUGAAAACAGUCAAAGCGAGAGCGGUGUGUUUGCUGGGAAUGGAGAUGAGGAAGAUGGUACAGUCAAGAAUGAGGACAGUACAACGGGUCAGUCUGAAGUAACAAAUUCUACUGCAGUUUUCGACAGCAGUUCUUGCGAGAGUGGGUUGUCCAGCGAUGUUAGCCUCACUAUGGAGGCCAUUAACGUGACGGGCUUAAAAGUCAUGGAAUAUUCUAGUUUCCAGUGCCAAGGGCAGCAAUGUGGUGAAGCAAAGGACAAACUUACUGGUUCUACGUGUAAUGAUUCAAACUGCACAUCAACAGAACCAUCUGGAAUUGAUGAUGUAGAAAUUUGUAGUUUAGUCUUGGAAGAUUUGAUAAGGAAAGUUGUUGAAGAACUCGAUAAGGAGAAUUUAAACUUGAAUUCAGAGAGCAGUGGAGGCGUUGGUUUUGCAGCGUGUUGCAAGUCGUGCGCGAAUUCGCAAAAAUCAUGUUACUGUUCUGGUGGGCGCGCUGCGCCUUGUGAAUCCCAGGAAAAUCCCUGCCAUGAUCAGGGUAACAAUUCUUUCACGAAUAAAGACCAUUGUUCUGCCGAGUACGAUUUGGAGAAGGAAAGAGUAGAUUUUCCUCGCGAUAUUCAGGACACAGAUCCGCGCCAGUCUGGUCGUGGAAAUGGUGAAGAAACGAGAUUUAACGCAUCACCGAACCCUGCAGAUUUCGUUAAAAACGAUACGAAUCCAAAGGGUUUAAGAAAUGACUUGAUUGUGACUCAUCUUGUGAGCAACGAAUUGUUCUCGAAUGGAAACUCUCACUCUGCUGAGCACGAUCUGGGGAAGGAGACAGUGGAUGUUCUAGCAGAUAUUUACACAACUGAUCGGCUCAAGUCUGAUCGUGGUGAUGUCAAAGAAGGCAGUUUUGUUAAGCCACCAAGAACUGCAGGCCUCGCUAAAAAUUGUCAACCGAUCGAUACGAACCCUGACAAAGAUAACAGUUCGAGAACUGAAUUGGUCAAGACUCCUAUAGUUUGCGAUUCCUUUUCAAUUCGCAAUCUUAACGUUGGGUGUGAGAAGUUCUUGGAAAAAUCCUUUGUUUGCGUGGAUACUUGUGCUGAUGUGAAAAUUUCAGAAUGUGAGGUCAAUUUAUCGACUCCACCUUCAAAUGCUAAGGGAAGUAUAGGGGCUGUGAAUGCGACAGCAUUCAUCUCACGUGAAUCUGAUUCUGAGAUUUUUGUUGCAAACGGUCGCGAAGGCAUCCCCUCGUCUGGAGGACUAGAGGUGCCAGUUGACCAGGCGCUGGAAGAGGUAGAGGAGGAGGAGCAGGAGGUAGAGGAGGAGGAGGAGGAGGAGGAGGAGGAGGAGGAGCAGGAAUCGUGGGAAUGGUUCGAACCACCACUGGGCGACGUCCACGCGCCCUCCCUCGCGGAUAUGGAAGGUGAAGGGGAAUUGCUGUUCGAAGAGGAAGGUGGAGGAGAAGACGUAAAUCAAGUGGAGAGCUUGACUCAUGUUAACCUGUACGUUCAAGCACACUCUAACGUUGUACUUAUUCUUCUGACUGAAGAGGGACUGAACAGUGACUGCAACAGCAUAAAAGCUCUGUGGGAAACAUCGCUGAAUCAACUUGGUGAAUUGGAGUUUCUGGUCAAACAGUCUUUAGGAAAUGAACCAAUUCCGGCCUACUCGGAUGAAUACAGCUUCCUUGUGUACGACAGUUUUGAGAGGAACAUGAUUCAAGGGAACCUCGAUGAACUUGUCUAUCAGGUGGACCACUCGUUUUGCGAGACAACCAAAGUUUUACACGAGCAGUUUGAAAACUGCUCAACCCUGAAAGAUGUCACCAUCAGGAGCCGUUCGUCUACAGUGUAUGGCAAGCGCGACCUGGGGCGAGGAACAUACUUCCACUUGAAGGGCUCAUACAAAGCCUUACAGGGUGUCCCGUCGCCUCGUGACCCGAUCUUAAAACUUGAAAGAAAGGCCACGAAGGUCCUUCAUAAAGAACAUGGCGUCAACGUGUUCUAAUGAAAGAGAUUGUUAGCAGUUGUUCGAUCGUCGUUCGGUUGAUCGCUGCGUUGGCUGGUCGGUGGCUCGUCGGUCAAUCGAUCACUGCUCGCCGAGUCGAUGGAUAUUUAUUUAUCCACACACUUCACAGGAGUCUGAGCACGUAUCUGCAAUGAAGGCUUCGUUUUAACCCCGUUUUCAUGGAGACCUUAGAAACGAAGCUAACUCAGUUCAAGGCCCUCUCAAUAUGUACGUAGUGGGAUUGCCUGCACUUUUAUUCUUUACGUAGGCUUGGUUUCUAACCCACCGUUAGUAUUUUCUAAUCUUGGCCGUUUCAUUUUAUGUUGUUUUAUUUUUUUACAGUUAUUUUGAGAUUUACCUCGACCAUAAAAUAUAAAAAAUAACUGAGACGCUACUGGAGCGUUUAAGAGUUUUAUCAUAUACUAAUACAAAUUCACAUCCUGGUGAAUUCCCCAUGGUCGUUGAAGUCAGUUGCUCGAUUUUACAGUUGAGCAUGUCGUAUUAUCAGUAAUAUCUUUUUUAAAAUUCAUUUUUGCACUCUCCUAAACGCCCCUGCGGGUCUUGGACAAAAUAGUGUUCAACAUUAGUGCGAUUUUCGAAUUUCUUGCAAUGAAAUUUCUUCCAAUUAGUGGAAGCCAAAUUUAAUCGCAUUUGCAAACAAAACGUUACCCCGACAAGAUAGAUUAAUUUCUAUUGGCAUUUUUGGAAACUUUGUUUAAUAAAUAAAGCCUGAAUGAGAAAAUACUUUAUCCUUAAAGGUGAGAGUCACAGAAAGUUACAGAGAGAUUAAAAUAGAUAAAUAAAUGAAAUAAAAUAAAUCACUUUAUUGAAGCGUC